GGCCGAGAGAGCGAACCUUGUGUGGUGAGCAGCAGGUAGUUGGUGGUUUCCGUUGGCUAAUUUUCGAUAGCAGACAUGGAUAAAAUAGCAAAAUCUCCAACAAAAGAAAUGUUCAAUGGGCUUCAUCUAGCAAGGCCCUUGAAACCUCUGUCUAUAUAUUCACGGAUGAUCUUUUCUGAGCAAGAAGCCAGUCUCCAACAGAGAAAGUCCUCAAAUCCUUUUAUAAAUUUUAAAUUUGAAGUUGUAAACAAAUGUUCCUGUAAAAGAAAAUUGCAGGAUUCCAGUUCUGGUGAUGAUUAUGAGACUCCAGCCAAAAAGGCCUUUAGUCCAACGGAUUUGUCCCCAGACCAGGGGUGUUUCGUUGACUACUGCAGCCCUCCUGCAUCAGACGACUCGGUGUCACCUUGUGCUAUCUCGACGCCUGCAUCCUUAGAUAAGACACAAACUAUUAAGAGUGAAAUAAGAGCGAGUGCCGGUUCCCAGCUCCACUCGGAGCAUGUGGAAUGUGGGUCCUCAACAGAGCCGGGGGUUGAUGAGGAGUCUGUAGCACACAGUUUGAGGUGUGGCAAGGUCCUCUUAAAUCUUUCAUCUGCCUUCGACUGUGAUGUCGAAGACAUCUUGUGUCUCGAUCCCUGUGGCAAAGUAGAGGGCUGCCAAGGUCCAAGUAGCAACGCAUUUCAAAAUGAUCCGUCUCUUAUUGUAAGUGGGCCAGCAUUGGAGUCUCAUAACUCUCACGUAGAGCCUUUAGAAGGUGAUGCUGAAGAGGCAUGGAACAUUGGUUCCCCCAUAUUUGAGUCGUCCAUCUUUCAAGCGACACUCGGUGGAGAGGAAGACACUAUAGACACCAGUUAUGAGACGACAUUACCGCUCCAAGUCAAGGUGAAGUCAGUUGUUGUGGUUCCCAGUCAGCUGGCCUCCAGCAGCAAAUCAGCAGCACCUCCUCUGCAGGAGCAAAACACCAAGCCUAACAAGCCGAGCCCAGAUGAGAACAGAUGCUCCACGAGAGAUAUUGUCUCUUUCAGGCCGGAGGUCUUUGACAGGGAGGGGGACUGGAAACGUGAGGAAGAGCUGUAUGUCCACUCGGUGAGAAGACAGAUGGAAGAGCAUCAAGGGUCCAGUCAAGACGUCAUGACUGAGCUGCUGACCUUGAUGGACCACGUGGCUGACCAGAGACCAGGCGCUGAUGGAAGACAGUGGCAGCAUCCCACCGACCUCACACGCAGGAACUACCAAAGACGGUUUGGAAACGUCAUUCCAAGAAUGACCCUCGGUGAAUGGCAGUCCCAGAGCUGUCCAGAACACGAGCGCUUUGCCAAGGUGCCAACAUUUUUCCAAAGGAGUAAUUUUUCCUAAAUUGGGAGUGGACAAUCUCGUUAGCCGAUUGCACUUAAAACCUCAUAAUGCUGGACUCGGUGCGAUGCAAUCUAAUGUUAUACCAGGUAUCCAUGUUUGCACGGUUCUUCUCUCUCAGUUGAAUCUGUGCUCUGUGUGUUUUUGGUUUGUCUGUUUCUUUUCUUUCAACUAUGCAUGUCGCGUAUUAGAAAAUGAAUGCAUGUUUUUGAUGUUGUGGAAAUUAUGCUUAGGAAUAAGCACUCAAGGGUUUCAAGCAUGUCAAAUGCCUUGCAUUUUUUUACUAUAUUUGAAUCUAUGCAUGUUUUAAUGUGUUUUUUGUACUACUGUUUGAAAUGUUCCACUUCCUUUGUUGUGAGUGCGAAUGUUUCCCCCAUUCAUGUUUACUCUGUGUGUGAAUAGAACCGUCCAGGCCUGCACUGACGCGUCUCUCAUCUGUUCCUGUUGAUUUCUAUUGUAACCUCACAUCUGUUUCUGAUCAACACAUUUGGCAGGCCUAUUUGGAUUACAUUAUAUUAAGUGUUCCUGUUACGUAGUCCAUCCUUGUAGAACUUGUCAAGCCGAGUCUAAAUGUUGGAGGAGAACCAGUUGGUCUAAAGUAAUUUGUUAUGUAAAUGUAUAUGUAAUCCUGGGAAUGUUAUGUCCAGCCCUGCAUACAAACCUCUAGAGAGUCAUGUAAAUGAACAUCCCUUCACUUACAACUCAAAGUCGAGGAAACUGAUACAAAUAUUGGAUUGCGUCUUUUCAUGACAUGUCAGUCAAUCUAAUGUGGGACUUAUAAUGUGAUUUAAUGUGUUUUAUAUGGGGGAAGGCUUAAAUUGUUUGUUUUGUGCCCCACCCAUUGGCACGGUGUUAGCAGGAAGUGAUUGUUUAUUAAGGUCAGUUCACCCUCAUCUUAUUGACAUUUUGCAACCAUACCCUAAAUUGUAAUGUAAGAAUUGUGUCCCGACUAAUCUGGAUAGUCCACAGAGCUCUGGACGCGUAACUACUUUUAUUUUACCUUUUGGAAUAAGAUGUCUGCCUUUGAGCUCUUUCAAAAGUUAAUGUCUGACCACAAACACAAUUCCUUUGUGCCUCCUUUUUGUGAGGUCAGCAGAAGUCUCUGCACUUAUUUGAAAACCUGAGCAAGAAGCUAAAACAGGACCACGAGAGGUUACACUGUAAAAAUGUUUUUAGUUAUUUUUGUGAACUGACCUUUGUGUUAUCUGAACUGAAGUUGUCAUUGAACCCUGUAACACUUAACAAAAAGCAACGUGUAAGUGCCACAGGCGUUGAGUAUGUCAGACGGCGCUGAUGGAAGCGUUCUACUCAAUAAAGCCUGGCGUGUUCAACA